GGCCGUUCGAGGGCCCGCCCCCUCCCGGCGACGAUGGAGGAGGAGGAGGAGGAGGAGGUGCACGCGGAGGCGGUGGCCCGCUGGCAGUCCGGCUUGGCGCGUCUCGUCCGGGACCCACUCCUCUGCGACCUCCCUGCGCAGGUGACCCCCGAGGAGAUCGGCUCGCAGGUGGCGCUCGAGUACGGCCAGGCCAUGACGGUGCGCGUGCGCAGAGUCGACGCCCCCGAGGCGCCCCUGCCGGUGGUGGUGGUGCAGAACGCGAGCGUGCUGGAGCUGAAGAAGGCGGUCCGGCGCUUCGUGCAGCUGCGGCAGGAGCGCGAGGGCGGCGUGCGGCACAUCAGCUGGAGGUACGUCUGGCGGACCUACACCCUGACCUUCGGCGGAGAGAAGCUGGCGGACGACCGGAAGAAGCUGCGGGAGUACGGGAUUCGGAAUCGGGACGAAGUCAGCUUUGUGAAAAAGCUCCGGAAAUGACCCCCAGGCAAAUCCAGCCCCUCGAAGCCCAGGGGGCUCUUGCAAGAGACGGGCCCCUCGCCCUGCUGCCCCAGAGGGGUUUGCUUUCCCCAGCCUCUGCCCUGGGGGUUCCCAGGCAGGGGCUGACAGCUGUGGCUGACCUGGGUGGGUGGAGCUGGCAAAGCUCUUCAAGGUUAACAUUGCCUGACUGGAGAAGGGUCUCUACAGGAACCCUUUAAAAGCCAGCUCUGAAGGAGGGAGCAGAGAAGCCACUUCGGAUUUGCUUUGCUUCUGAGUAACCCCCAGAAUUGCUGCUCGCUUCUGCAUGCAUGGGAUUGGCUAACUUUGGAGAUACCUGCCUGUAAGGUGCAUUAAGCCUUUGCUGCCAACAGUGGUGGAGAAUCGAGGUUUAAAAAGCGCCAGGUCUUUUUCUGAACAUAAAAAUUUCAAUGUAACAGCCAGUGAGUAACAUUAAAGUACCUGAA